GCCGCUGGCAUCUGAGACAACAUUCAUUGUUCGUCUUUCCACUCCGUCCCUCGACUCGAGUUGACGCCGUUCUGUUGCUUUGUCGGACCCGUCGCAUUUGUUUCCCUUCCUACGCGCUCCUGGAUCUCUUCUUCCCUCAUUCCCAAAGCCACCGUUGUCCGCUGUCCAAAGUCGCCCGUAGACCUGUGCACUACUAGGCGUAGGCGUUUUUAGCCUCGGGCAUCCUGGGCGCCUACCGAUGCGCAGCUUCCAGAAAGCCUUUUGACUAUUGUGUUGUGAGGACCGUCCUACAGACCUGGUGCAUGCACAAUGUCCUCCUCCUUCGGCCACUACUACUAUCCGGACCAUGGCCAACAGCUUCUGCUAUCGACGGACCACCUCGCCUAUGGCACCGAGGAUGGACAACGUUCCAAGACUCCCUCGUCGAUGAUCAACCAUCCCCGGUACUCUCCUGGCCCGCUCAGCACUCCGCCUCAUAGCCGUGGGAAUUCGCAUCCACCCGAACAGGGGCCCGAGCAGAUGCUCUAUGACGAUGCUAGCGGCAGUCAGUCGGACUCGUCUCCUACUUCUGUGCCGACACCAAAUGAGAGUACCUUCGAGGAGAUGCUCGACUCUGAGCAAUUGAGGGAAUUCUACCUUCAGGAUCCAGUUAUGGCUACUACGCAGACGCAACAGGACUCUCUUUCAGCCACAGACUCGGGCUUGUACAGCUUUGAUCAAGGUACUGUAUUUGGCACAGAGUCUGAGCUAUCUUCUAAUCCUCCAGCAGCUCUCAGUCAGCCAACGUACACUACGUCUGUAUCGCCGCAGGGCCAGCAGUAUGCCGCCUCCUUUCCGGCGCAGGACUACCCUUACGGAGGCAUGGUCAGCCCGCUCUUUGGACAGGACUACGCCAGCCGGCCAACGCACCAUGAUCCAUGGACAAGCCAGAGACCGCAACAGAACUUCAACAUCCCCCGCAAUAGUGGUACCAAUGUUUUCGAUCCCGAAACGGACCCGGGCUUCAACAAUCUGUACGGUGUCGUCAACUGGCUAAACACCGAUCCCACCCAAUUCAUCCCAUUGCCCCCAAAUGACCCCUUACCGCCAUCGUCAGGCGAGAUCUGUGGCCUUCCUGUCCCAGCAGCUCAGCAGGGACAGCGGGGACAGCACAACCAAAACGGGAUCCCAUUGAGACUAACAGUACCGUCGCCACCCCCUGGAGCUUAUCCGUUCGUGAAUCAGAGUCCGUCAACAUCUUUCAUCGGCCAGCAAAGGUUGGCCGAAUCUCACAUCUCGCCUGCGUCAAAUCCAUCUUCAGCCUGGAACUCAGUUGGACAGCUAUCCCCACAGAAGACCCAGUCCCCUUACCAGACAAACAUAAGUCCACUUUCAGUCCCCAGUCCCGGUGGCUCAGAUGGCCUCCUCUCAACCUACCAGCCCUCGGAUCCAGGAACAACGGCUGGAGUUCCGUCGAGCUCAAGCACUGCCCUCAUGAUACCCACGACCAAGUCCAACCUCUCACCCAGUGCAUCCGCGUCGGAAAGAAGCUUCAACGAAUUCUCCCCCGAGCCGGAACUCCAGCGAGAAAUACAACAACAACGUCGCCGCCGUGGCAAAGGCGUCGGUCAAAAGGGCGGCAGAAUCGUAGGCACCCAUUUGUCUCCCGGUGUUGCGAAAGCAGCGCACGACAUGCGCAAGGUGGUUACAUGCUGGCACUGCGCCUUGCAGCGCGACAAGUGCGGUCCCGGCGAAAUCUGCGAGCGCUGCUUAAAGCGCUCCCAACGCCCCAACGCAGACUGCGGCUUGGGUUGCUCGCGCGUCAAACUCACGGAGCUUGCUCAGGAUUUCCUGCCCUGGUUGAUGAUGCAGAUGCACGACGAUCAGCACCUGACGCAGUUCGUCACCAAGCACAUCCGCCAGUGGCACAAUGUCGAAAUCACAAUCUACAUGACGUGCGGCCAGGAUCACAUGCCCCGCAUGCCCGUCAAGGUGUACGAAUUCAUCCCCAACGGCAAGGAGUUGCUUGUGCAAUGGCAGUAUGAGACGGAUCCGGUGACGCAUAAGAGGGUGGCUGUCAAGAAGGAGUCUCCGGCGUUGGGCAUGGUGCAGGUGAAUCGCGAUGAGGAGAAGAAGUAUGACAAGUACGUUAGUGACAUUGUGGAUGGGCAUCUGGAUGCUUUUGGGGAGCUGUGUUGGAUGGAGGACGAUAACGAUUUCCAACAAAAGCUGUACCGGUUGAUGAGUAGGGUGGAGAUGAGGAAUGAGGAUGAGGCCAAACUCCUCCGCGAAGUCCACCGGCUCCUCGUCACCACCUUCAUCAUGUCGCACACCCUCACCAUCGCCGAGGAAACCAAGCACGACUCCCUGCGCAAACUCCACUCGUAUCCCGGCCCCACGUCGUACGUGCGCAAAUUCACCUCGCCGCGCAUGGCGAACCGCCAACUCAAGUACUUCUUCGCGAGGCUCCAGCGCCACAUCUUCACCGCGGUGCUGAACCGCCUGCAGCAGAUCUUCAAGAGCAGUAAAGGGUGCGAUAAGUGGCUCGCGGCCUUUGUGGCCGUGCUGGGGCUCUGCAUGGUGGCGGAGGAGCAGCAGAAGACGGUGCAUCAGGUCAUGGAGACGAGGGCGAGGACGGAUGCGGGGAUCGAUGGGCAGGGUGGUGGGGGCGCACAGGACGGUCGGACAUCGUCAUCGCAGACCUAUGACAGGGAAAGAGAGGUCCGGAUUGGGCAAAUAUACAGAGAGAAGGCGGAAGAGGCGUGCCGGGAGAUUGACGCUCGCACCAACUUCGUCAACGAAUUGUUCCGCUGGAAGUACAACCGCAAAGUGAAUCCGCUGAGGGAUGCGGAGAGCUUGGAUUGGAGGGGGGAGAUGGGCUUUGAGGGCGAGGGGGGUGUCGCGUUUGUGAGGAGGGUGGCGCAGUUGGUGAGGGAGAAUACCGACUUCCUACGCAUGCGGUCGCACGUCAGUAUCUCGCACGCCAACCAGGCACAGUAUACCUCGCGACUCGUCGGGCAGUUCCUGCUCUCCUUCUGGCUACCGUAGUGCGGGCCUACAAACCAUACCCUGCUCGCAUAUGGUAUGCCGGCUUUCCCGCACGUAGUAACGGAAGCUGGGAACGCGGUCGGUGGCGCUUUCACGUCCGUCUACGGCAAUCUUAUUCCUCUUUAUAUUCCAGUCAAUUCCCAUCUGUCUUACGCCUCUCGGGUUGUAUUGUGGAGUUUGGCCCCGAUGGCUGGAGGGUCUGGGCAUCAAACUGGAUCUUUGGAUUUUGGGAUCCUGGGGAAUCUUUCGGAUCCUUGGAUACGAGGUAUCAUGGAGGCAUG